CUAAAUCUCAACAUUCUCACACUUCAUACGAUCGCAAAUCCUGAUUUUUAAUGUUGGAUUGAUGUGGUGCAAUCGAAGUAUUUCGCUAGCAUGGACUUCGCUUCAUCCACAGCACCUGAAAGAGACUUCCACCACCCAUACGAACCCUAUGACAUCCAAAGACAAUUCAUGAACGCCGUAUUUGACUGCAUUGAAAACGAAAGAGUCGGUAUAUUCGAAUCUCCUACUGGUACGGGAAAGUCUCUGAGCCUCAUCUGCGGAUCCUUGACUUGGUUGCGAGAUCAUCAGCGACGCGAGUUUGAAGAUGGCUUUACGGAAGAUACCCUAGAUGAGAGUGGCGAGCCCUUGUGGAUGCUGAAACAUGCUCACAAUCGAAAGAGACAAGCCGCCAUGGACCGGAGAAAGGCACUAGACGAUCGCAUUGCCAGAGUCAAAGAGAAGGAGAGGCGAGUGAAAGAACAAUUCACCAUGGGAGAACCUCAUCAAAAGCGACGAAAAAUAGACCCCCACGGCCCCAGAGACGAGAGUGGUGACAACGAGGCAGGUUUUGUCUUGGAAGACUAUGACAGUGACGAGGGCAAAGAUUCUGGUCAUUCCAAAGUUUUCUUUAAUAGCGGUGGAUACUCUGUUGAGACGCAGACCCUCAUGGAGGAACUUGGCUAUGCCUCAAGGGCAAAUAAGAACUCGGACGACCAAGAUACUGAUGAUCAAUUGAAGAUUUUCUAUUGCUCACGAACCCACUCUCAGCUUACCCAGUUCGCUAGCGAGUUGCGCAAAGUCCAAAUGCCCUCGCCAGCAGGGGUACCAGAUGGGCCCCAUGCUUCCGACCUGAACCCUCUUGUGGAGGAUGUGAAGCACCUGACUUUAGGUUCAAGGAAAAAUCUCUGUAUCAAUCCUAAAGUCAACAGGCUCGGAAAUGCUACUGCCAUCAAUGAACGAUGUUUGGAAUUGCAACAGCCUGGAACGUCCACCAACACCAAAUGCCCACACCUUCCGUCAAAGGAAACCGAAGCCUUGGUGAAUGAUUUCCGCGACCAUGCUCUUGCCAGAAUACGAGACAUUGAAGAGCUAGGUUCUCUGGGUAAGAAAUUGGGCAUUUGCCCAUAUUAUGCCUCGCGGCCAGCAACAAAAUCUUGCGAAGUUGUCACUCUACCUUAUCCCCUCUUGCUCCAAAAGUCUGCGCGCGAGUCGCUCGAUAUCUCUCUGAAGGGCCACGUCAUUAUCGUAGAUGAGGCACAUAACUUGAUGGAUGCGAUAAAUGGUAUAUAUUCUGCAUCCGUGACACUUUCCCAGGUGCAAGAAGCCCGCGCACAACUCACCAUUUAUCUCCAAAAAUUCCGGAACAAACUCAAAGGCAAAAAUCGCGUCUAUGUUGCACAGAUUAUCCGGUUGCUGGAUUCGAUUGUAGCAUAUCUUCACUCAAGGCAAAAUAAAAGCCCGCAUGGAGAUGGUAAAGUGGAUAUGGGUGCCUUGAUGGCUGGAAAAGGCGUCGAUCAGAUCAAUCUUUUUAAACUUAAUCGGUACCUGCAAGAAAGCCGAUUGGCACGGAAAGUUGAUGGCUACACGUCGUAUGCUGAUCAAAACGAGAGAAAGAACCAGAUCUCAUCAUCAGAAAAUAAGCCUCUGCAGAGCCCAAAAACCAGUGUCCCUGUCUUGACCCACGUCCAAGGCUUUCUACUCUCUCUCAUGAACCCAUCUUCGGAGGGCCAAUUCUUCUUUUCACACGACGAUGACCUAGGCACGGAGCUGAAGUACUUGCUUCUCGACCCAACUUUUCAUUUCAAGGACAUUGUCGAGCAGGCAAGAGCCGUGAUCCUAGCAGGAGGUACCAUGUCGCCAAUGAGUGAUUACAGGCAGCACCUACUCUCAUACCUAGACCCGGCAAGAAUCAUGACCCUGUCAUGUGGCCAUAUCGUACCGCCUUCGAAUCUAGAGGCUAUUGCUGUCAGUCGAUCCAUGAGCGGGGUAGAAUUGGAAUUCACGUUCGAGAAGCGAAAUUCCGAGAAAACCAUGAUCGACCUCGGAAAUACUAUUGUGAGCGUUGCACGACAUAUUCCUGACGGUGUUGUCGUCUUCUUCCCCAGUUACUCAUAUCUGAACACUUGCAUCGCCGCCUGGAAACGGCUAAGACCAAGCGAUUCGGCGUCAUCGCCAUCCUUCUGGGACGCUUUGCUCGAGAUCAAGCCAAUAUUCAUGGAACAGUCCCUUCAACAAACCCCACAUACCCACAGUAAGACCAAAGACAAAGCUGGCGAUUCGGUGUUGCACGCGUAUUCGAAAGCGGUAUCUGAAGGCCAAGGUGCACUCCUGUUCGCCGUCAUUGGAGGCAACCUUUCCGAGGGCAUCAAUUUCAGUGAUGCCCUAGGACGAGGAGUCGUUGUUGUUGGGUUGCCAUUCCCGAACCCUCACUCUGCGGAAUGGAAAGCCAAGGCGCAGUACAUAUCGCACAAAGCCACCAAUGAUGGUCAAGAUGGAAAAGUGGCGGCGCGUGACUUCUACGAGAACGUGUGUAUGCGGUCGGUGAAUCAAUGUAUAGGACGGGCGAUUCGUCACCGCGGGGACUACGCCGCGAUACUGAUGUUGGACAGACGUUAUAGUGGGGAUCGAAUUCAGGCUAAGUUACCCCAGUGGAUCCGAAAAAGCCUUGUCACUGAUGCUGCGGUUCAAGGACUUGGAAGACGAUUAGAUGAGUUUUUUGUAGGGAAGAAG